AUGGCUGUUGCAUCAUCAAUUCAUACUAUGCCCAAAGGUUCGGGUGGUUCUCCUUCAUCAAAUCCAUAUAUUUUACCUAAAAAUGAUUUAACUAUGGCUGAUAGUCAAUUAAUUGAUAUACUUUUACAUGGACAAAAUACUGAAAAUAAAAUUCAAAUUGUUAAUCAUUGGUGUAAAAAUCCUCGACGUAAUCGUUUAUCAAAUAUUCUUGAUGCAUCUCAAAGACAUGAUGUUUUCGUAGCUCUGGCAAAUACUCUUCAACAAACAACAAAUUUAGAAUAUCUAUUUAAUUGUUUAACACUUCUAUCGGAUCUUCAAAUAACUAUACAUCAUUAUGAUCAACGAACUUAUCUUCCAGUGAUUAUUCAAUGUCUUUCUUCCACAUCACAUGAUAUUCAAACAUUAACUUCUCAAUUAUUAGUUAAACAACUUAAUAUAACAGAUGAUAUUCCAACAUUUUUAUAUAUUUAUAUAAAAGAUGGUUUAAAAUCUCCUAAUAUACGUAUAUGUAUAAAAUCUAUCGAAACAUUAAGUGAUUUAUUAACAAAAUCUCAUCAACAUGAAAAUAUAUCAUCUAUAUUUGAAUUACUUCUUCAAUAUUUACAAGAUAAUCUAUUUCGUUCGAAUUAUAAUAUGAUUCUUAUUCGAGCAAUUCAACAUAUUAAACGAAUAGCAAAUCCAGAUUUAUUUAAUCAAUAUCUUGAAUCAUAUUCACCAUCAUUACGACGACUCUAUUAUACAUAUGUACCACAACUAAAUGAUAAUGAAUUAGACGAUGAAGAAGAAACACCAAGAGCAUCAGUACAACGACCUCCAAUGAAUAAUUUAAUGUAUUCUCAUACAGAAACAAAUGGUUUCCAUUCCAAUAGCACUAAUUACACUGAUAAUAUGUUUUUCACACAAAAAACUACUGUUUCUUCUCAAAUUGAAAGUUCUGAUAUAAAUUCUCUUAUUGAGACUAUACAUGCAAAAUGGAUGACAUCAAAUGAAACGAAUCGUUUAAUUUAUGUCGAUCGUCUUCUGGUUUUAAGUGAUAAAUCUUUUCAAAUACUUCGUUCACAAUAUCCAUCAACAUCAACAUCUGAUUUACAAUUUCAUCAACCAUUACAUACAUUUUUAUCAUCUAUACUUGAAUUAUUAUCUUAUAUAACAGGAACAAAUAUUGAUUUAUCAAUUAAAAUUAAACUUGUCCUAUCAACAUGUCUUGUUUGGCUUAUUAAACAUUCACAAGGAAAUUAUUGUAAAAAACAUUAUAAAACAAUUUGUCAAGUAUUUAAAAAUAUUCUACUCAAUGGACAAUCAAAUAAUCGACAAUUAGCCAAAUACAGUGUUAGUAUUAUAAUAUUACUUGGAAAUUUUGUUCAUCCACAAAUGAUUCUUAAUGAAUUAAUCGAUGAUCAAUUUCAAUAUUAUAAUUAUCGUAUACAACUUGAACUUCUUGCUAUAGUAACAGCAACAUUAAUUAAACAUCGACAACAUCAUUAUGAUAGUAUAUCAAGUAUAUAUAAACAUUUACUUCCUAUGUUAGUAUCAAAUCGACGAGAAUUACGACAUGGAGCUAUGGAAUGUUUUACAGUUAUAUGUACGUAUUUUAAUGCAUAUAAACCUUUAACAUCAACAAUGAUUGAUACAAAUCAAUCGAUUAAAUUAGUUUUAUCAUUAAUUGAUAAACUAUCUUAUGAUGCAUCACAUGCAUUACGAUUUCGUUUACAACGUAAUCUAUUUCCAUCAUUAACUGAUGAUGGAAAUAUUACACCGGGUUUAGUUUGCGAUUCAACCACAAUGAAUGAUCCAGAUACGAAAUUUAUUUUACAAGCUAAUAAUAAUUCGGUGAAAACACCACCAACAGCAACGAAUUUUGAUAGUCCAUCAACGAAAAUCUCAGCAAAUAAUACCAAACUACUUCAAUUAGCAAUGCCAUUUGCAGCAAAAAAGGCAAAUACGAAUGAUACAGUAAUGCGCAGUCGUGAAAUACCUCCAUUAAAACAGCCUACUGCUGAAUACGACUCACAUCGAUAUACCAAUAAUAAUAAUCAUCAUUAUGAAACAGCAAUUAAUCCAGCAGUUAUGACGACUAUUACAUCCAGUGGACCAUCAUUUGAUUUUAAUGUAAAUAGUAGUAAUAGUAUUCGUCCAUUGACAUUGACAGAAAAAAAUAGCACUACUCAGGGCAACAAUCCUCUACAAUUUCGUGCUGUAAUACCACGUCGUCCAUCUGGUGGACGAAUGCCAGCAUCACAUAAUCUUUUGGUUACAUCACAACUUCAUAAUCAUUAUGAUCAAAAACAUCCUGUACGUCAAUUAGAUUCUGAUAUGGAUCAUGAUGAAGGUAUUGAUAGUGCAACAGGAUCACGUUCCUUAUCCAUUAAUACAUCAGAUGAUGGUAAACGUGAGAAUAAUCAUCAACAAUCGAAAAAACCUGUUCGAUCAGUACAUAGUAGUUCAACAAGACGUAAAGUAAAUCGUAUAUUCAGUACUAACAGUGAUCUUGAAUCAACAUCAACACAUACCCUAACACCAGAAACUAGUAAUGAAAGUGGAGUGUAUUCACCAUCUGGUCGUGAUACUGAAUAUGAUGCUAACAGUGCUACAAGAUCAUUAAGUAAAGAACAAUUAUUUUCUACAAAACCACGUCUUGCUCGUUCUGGUUCGAAAUCUCUAAUUGAAAAAGCACAAGUACCACCCACUGAAUCAUUACCAGCACAAGUUUAUGAUAAUUAUUCAUCUAAUGAAAAAGCUCAUCGAUCAUAUAAUCCAUAUGUUGAAGUUGUUGGUCGGGGUUAUACGGAUGAAAAAUAUUCAACAAGAAGAUUAUCAACUGAUAGUACGGAUGAUAAACAACCACAAUUAGGAAAUAAAUCUCGCGCAAAAAUUAUUAAAGGUUCUGUUCUUACUAAUCCUUCAAAUUCAAAUUUUAAUAUGGAAGAUGGAUCUAAUGUUGAUGAUAAUCACGAUAUUGGAGUUGUUGGAAAAGCUGUUCAUUUACCUUCACGUACAAAAAAUGAAACAAACAUACUUCGAGCACAAGAUAAUAAUAUAAUGAAUAAUAUUUUAAAUGAUCAAAAUGAUAAUAUUGAGACGAUGUCGGAUGAAUUUGAUAGUGAUUCAAAAGAAAAUGAGAAUACUGUUGAGAUGGGUCAAUCUCUAUCAGCAUCAUUUCGUUUACGUGUUCAACUGAAAACUCAAGAAAAAAUUGAACAAAAAGCACGUCGUCGAGAAGCUCGAGAAAAUCGUUCUCGUGAAGAUCUAAUAAAUGAUAAUGAUGAUACUCCAUAUGAUAAUGAUAUGCCAGCAUCAUCAUCAACAUCAACUAGUCGAUAUUCAUCUCAACCUGAUCUUACAGCAAUUACAAAUGAUCUGCCAUUAACAACAUCACGACGUCAAAUUGAUUCAAAUAUAAAUACUGUUUUACCCAAUUUUCCAUCACAACAACGUCCUCGUGUAUUAAAAAAUUCUAUGGCUCGUUCACAAACAUUUAAUAAUCGACGUGAUAUGCCAACAACUGAACAACGUUUUACAUUGAAUCGUCCAUCAUCAGAAGAUCAUGCGGCGGAUCAAUUAAAAAAUCCUUCAACUGCUUAUCGAGAAGCAAUGGAUUCAAUAUCAAAAGAUGAUUGGGAACAAAAAUGUUCGGGUCUUAAUUUACUUCAAAUGAUUAUUGCACAGUAUCCAGAUACAAUAACACAAAAUUUACAUCAAGUUGUUUUAAUUCUUAUUCAAGAAGUGAAAAAUCUUCGAUCACAAGUAGCUCGUUUUGCCUUAGCAGCAUUUUGUGAUAUGUUUAAAUAUUUAAAACGUAAUAUGGAUAUUGAACUUGAUAUAACUGUAAAAUCGCUAAUACAAAAAAGUGCAGAAGCUAAUGAUUUUUUUUCGAUCUGA